GGAGACGGAAACUGCCCCUGCACCUGAGCUGCCGGAGCCCUGCCGGGGCGAUGUGGAGCGCGGUCUGUGGUCGAGCUGCUGGACUGGCGCAGCUGGGACUGCUGUUGGCGCUCUUGGCGGCGGGCAGCCGUGCCGCCAAGCCCGGCGUGGAGCUCGUGACCUGCGGGUCGGUGCUGAAGCUGUUCAACACGCAGCACAGGGUGCGGCUGCACUCGCACGACAUCAAAUACGGAUCUGGAAGCGGCCAACAGUCGGUGACAGGCGUGCAGUCAUCUGACGACGCCAAUAGCUACUGGCGGAUCCGCGGCGGUUCGGAGAGCGGGUGCCCGCGCGGGUCCCCCGUGCGCUGCGGGCAGGCGGUGCGGCUGACGCACGUGCUCACCGGCAAGAACCUGCACACGCACCACUUCCCGUCGCCGCUGUCCAGCAACCAGGAGGUUAGUGCCUUUGGGGAAGACGGUGAGGGUGACGACCUGGACCUGUGGACAGUGCGCUGCUCAGGGCAGCACUGGGCAAGGGAGGCUGCUGUGCGCUUCCAGCACGUGGGCACCUCUGUGUUCCUGUCGAUUACGGGAGAGCAGUAUGGAAGCCCCAUUCGUGGGCAACAUGAGGUGCAUGGCAUGCCCAGCGCCAACAUGCACAAUACAUGGAAGGCCAUGGAAGGCAUCUUCAUCAAGCCCAGCAUGGAUCCCUCUGCAGGUCAUGAUGAACUCUGAGCACCUGGGUGGGUGGAUGGAGGUCAGCAGGGUGUGGGGCAUCUGCUGGGCUACUCUUGGUGGAGACUUUGGUUUGUAGGGGUUCUCAAGUACCUUUGUGAUUAAAGAAUGUUGGUCUGUGA